AGAUCAGCUGGGACAAUAACAACAAUAACAGCCGAUAACGGGGUCCGGAAGACGCUUCUAUGAGGGGACCGCACCCGCUGGGAUCAACCGAAGGACUAACGGCUACUUUUGGGGAGCACGUGCUUGUAUUUGUCCGCUUUAUUUUCUCACAUUUCCAGUUUUGUCGGACUGCUUCCUGCGUGCCCUAACAAAACGAGGGGGUUGAAGAAUUGCGGCUAAUAACUCAGCUAACAUGCUAAUCUGCCCUAUAUAUUCUUAAUUUGGGAAAUAUCUGCUCAUAUGUGUUCUUCUCACUGUCGCUUUAUUGGAAAUACGAUUGCAGACGGUGGUUAGCUGUGGGGAUGCAUUUCCCUUUGGAUCACUCAUGUCGAUAGCUCACUACUGGAAAGCUGCUGUAAAGUUUGAAUAACCCUCUCACUAAACUCUCUUUUAUGUGAACGCGUAUAUAACUUAGUUGUAUACCCUUAAAUGGGUGUUGCACUGUCUGCAGCGGGCUGUUUGUUGACUUGUGUCUGUCUUUGUCGGUAGGAAACACGCUAGCUUGUUAGCAGGGUUGGUAGCUGUGUUGAGGACAGUGUGGCCAGGCCUCACGGCUGUACUUUACUGUCAGGACAGAUGAAAACAAAAGAUUAGCUUACUCCUCUGCUAGCUCGCUAAUCCUUUGAAAUAUAUGCGUACCGCGGAUAAUUUUAGACCCUAGCUUUGGAGAUAUAUCAACAGCUGGGCGUCAAGUAGCUGAGGUUGCAUGUGUUUAGCAAUACAGUUUUAUUUGCCAAAUUUCCUGUCUGACAGAACAUCCUGUGCUGCUGGGUCUUUAUCUGCUUACAUUAGGGACAUUGUACGAUGACUUAUUUGUGUAUUCUUUUUUCUUUUAAUCUGUUUGUUACAGCAAGAAGUUGUAUAAUCUAGUCAAAGGGAACAUCUGAAGAAAUGCUUUUUCUGCUUAAAUGCAUCUGCAGGCAAACUUUAAGAAGGUUUGACCCUUGUUCCCUAAAUUCUGCAGGCAAAUCAAAUGAAAGCAAGUGUUGAUCAGUGGUAGGAAUAUCAGGGUCAUGAUUAAGAAAUUUCAGGACAAUCAGUUUAUGAUUUAUCAUAAGAAAUGAUGAAUGAAAGAAUCCAAACUCAUAUCACCAGCACCUCCAGAAGGAGUCAUGAAGUAGUGCCCUGUUAAGUCAGGUCGAAAGGAGAAUCUGCUUUUAGAGUGCUGAAUUGGAUAAAUGAUUAUAACCCAUAAUUCAAGAGGACAUUAUAAUUCUGUGUUGGUGUCUUGUCACACCCCUGCUGUUGGAAGCUAAACUCAAUUUGAAGGGGUUACUCAGUGACACACUGCCAUGUCAGAGACUCUGAUAACGGGGCAGACAUCGGAGGACCUGUUGGCUGAUUUUGAGACUCUGCUGAACUCUGGGAGUAUUGACCUGGGCCAAGACCACCAGAUAGUGAUUAUCACCAGCCCCAGCAAUGAGGGACUCCACCCGGCAGCUGCCCCCAGCAGCACAGGGGAAAUCCUGCUGUUCGCCACGCCACAAGGUCCUGCUGAGGUGGGGGUCCAGGACAAGAGAAGACCAGCUCUGGGAAGACCUCCGGUGAGGACAAGGGAAGAGUUAGUGGGGAAAGAAGUGAAAAGGGAGAUAAAGGAAGUGGUAAAAUGGGUGUUCCUUGAUCACACAGUGUUGAAACGUUUGGUGCAAAGUACAUCUGCCUGUUGCUUGAAGUGUUUCACUUUCAUUUCCUUCCACUGAAACAAAUGUAAUAACUUCUUUAUUAUUUCUAUCAUGUUAGCUACUAAACUGUUUGCUCUAAAACGUUUAUGUUUCUUUAGGUAAAAAGAAAGUUGGACCUGGACAGUGACCAUCAGUAUGUCAGCACCACUAGACCGUCCAUAGGCCAGGCGCCACCCUCAACACCUGCUCCUCCCAGAGGUACACACACAUAUAUAAAUACAUUCUCACUCACAGUUUAUUUAGAUGAUUUACAUUGUUUCCUUAAGUUCAUAGCAGGAGCAGCAACACAACUACAUGUGUGCCCUACAUCCAGUCAUCCGUACAUACAUUCACACCGUGACCUUUGCUCCAGCCCCCUUUGUCCUAAAAACAGCUGUUCCUUUGUGAGCACAGACAACAGCCUGCCUGCACGCCUGUUUCCUCACUGGGCUGACUAGUAAUUUAAAGCUCCCGCUCAAUUUAAAUGACAAAAGAUACUAUAAAUCAUACAGCAAUAAAAAAAGCUGAACUUAUGUCUCAGUUACUUUAUGACAAUAAAAGAAAUUCACAAUUUUAACCCAGAUUGAUUCUCCAAAAACUUGGACUAGAAUAAAGUCAGAUUCUCAUGUUUCAGGUGUAAAUUAAUUGAACAAAUAUUAAAAGUGUAAUAGAAAAUAAAUUUUAAAAACUGCAUCAAAGGAAAUUUAAUAAAUUCAGAAAAAGCUUCAGCUUAGGAAAAGUUUCCAGUAUAUGACAGACUGGUUCACAUUGAUUUUUAGCUCUUAAAUCACAGCAGACCCUCUCCUCAGGUCUGAAUACACACUUUCAUUUUCAGGUGCAAGUACAGAGCAUCCAGGAAAUGAACUUAAAGAAGCAUCACAUCCUUGAUCACUUCAACAUUUAGCUGCUAAAUGAGCUGUAACACACAGUGGGAACUCUUCUCGCUACACCUUGUUGAACUUGGCCCUUUUUUCGAAAUAAGUAACCAUACAACACUUUGAUAAUAUACUUUUAAUGACUCAGUUUUAUGUUUAUUAUGUGCUAUAAGGCAGUUAAUGUCUUUAUAAUUUUAUGCUUUUAGACUCUCAGUUCAAAGUUUCCCUGAGUCCUUUAGGACAAUAAAGGUUUCAUUCAUUUUGAAUGUAGAAACCAGAGCAGGAGAAUGGCUCAAUUUAAAAUGGCUCAAAAAGUGGAACACAAACAUUUUGUCUUGUAUAAACAACUAAAAUCUUCUCUUCUUAAAAAAAAUUAGGGAUGGCACUAUCACCUGUGAGUUACAGAUCCUCACACAAAAGUGCAUAAUUUACGGAUCUCACAUUCAAUAUUCUGUGCAGAAAGGUGCUUCUGGUAGAGUCUUAUCUCAAAUAUUUUGUCUUCAUAUGAUGUUUUGAGGAACUGAGAACCAAGUCAAUGCUCCACCACAAAUCAAAGUAGUGAGUUCAGAUUAAUUAAGAGGGAACUGGCAAAACAUUUGUGAAAUUUGGAAGAGGAUAUUGGCACAGUAAAUUAUAUAAAAAAGGGAAGGAACAUGCUGGUGUGAGAACAUACUAGUAAAAUGAAGUGAGGGGUAUAAGAGAUAUUUCCCUGGCUGUGAAUUUGAUACGAGGAAAAAAACACUUGAUGAAGGCCUGAGUCAUGAUUAAAGAUAUUUAUCACACAAGCUCAGUCGUUUGCAAUUCUUCUGCUGAACGGCUCCAUUAAGUAGAGUAAAAACUAUUUAGGGCGUUUAAAAUACAAACGCAAUUAAGGCAGUUUGGUUGAGAUAAACAACCUCAGCCUCAUAAUAUACAGUAAAUUGUUUAUGAAGUUUGUAGUAAAGUAGCUCCACAUGAAAUUAAAGGAUGUUAAGUGGCCACAUAAGAAGUUUUUAAAAAAUGUUUGCCAGAGUCAAAACUCUCCCAGUGUAGGAGAAACAGGCGUGACUUGUUGAGUUGGUGAACAUCAGCCAGCAACACGUUUAAAACCAGUUUGUAAAGUUGGCAUUAAAAAAUACCAAAACACAGAAAGUGAGGUGAACAGUGAAGUUUGCAAACAGAGACUGUUCAAGACUUUUAGAUCCAGGCACUUUCAGAACAAUCUGGUCUGGAAACACCUGUUAGGUGCAGUGAACCAAUGAGGGUGCAGAAUAACAAAGAAAAUAAUGACCCUGUAUUUUAAAGGCAGAUAUUUCAUUUCUGUUUCUGUUCCCCUUCGCUGUGUCUCUCUCUAGUUCCUCGUGUCACAACAGAGAAGUCGCGGUAUGACACCUCUUUAAACCUCACCACCAAACGCUUCCUGGACCUGCUGUCCCAGUCUGCUGAUGGCGUGGUGGAUCUAAACUGGGCCUCCCAGGUUCUGGACGUCCAGAAGAGACGCAUCUAUGAUAUAACCAACGUCCUAGAGGGGAUCCAACUCAUCUCUAAGAAGUCCAAGAACAACAUCCAGUGGCUGUGAGUACAAAAAGACCAGACUGUGUUUGCAGACUAGAAGAAAUCAAUGAAUGUACAAAUAAGUAUAAAUAAAGAGUGAGUCUCAGGUUGGGCAAAACUAUGAUAAGAAAAGUCAAGUUUCUCUUUAUUUUUUUCCCUGCAGUGGGAAUCGAGUUGAUGCAGCGUUGGUUGCCCAGCACAAGGAGUUGCAGAAGGAGGUGUGUGACCUGACAGAGGCUGAGGAGCAGCUGGACGAGCUCAUCAACAAAUGCAACCUGCAGCUGCGGCUCCUCACAGAGGACCCUCAGAACAAGAAAUAUCCUUUUGACUUAUUUAGACAAAGUGAAAAGGGGUUUGUGAGCAAACAGAGACUUGAUGGUACUUUAAAUUUUAGUGAUAAUGUGAAAUGCACAUACAUUUCAUACAAAUGCCUCUAUUUUCUCCACAUAGCAUUUGUUUGCAUAGCAUAAUUUGGAAAGGCAGGCUUGCAAACUGUCUCGUAUACAGAACACAGACGGCAACAGUAGUGGGGUGUAAAAGUUGGUAAAUUUGUCCGUCCCUGUAUUCUCUGUUCUUUUCCCUACAUUACUUUUUGUGCUGAUCCUUUCCUCUCUCCAGUAUAACUAAUCUGUUAAUGUCUCAGCUGGCACAGAAAGCCAAGCUUUUUUUUUUUCUUUAACAAAGCAAAAAUCUCAGAUCCUUCUAUCAAAACUCCCUCCAGGAAUAAAUACUUCAUCUGUGCCUGAAGUUCAGUUUUUGCAGCAGAGGCACUAGUUUGCCCAUGAUCAUGUUUGUUCAGUCAAACCAGAGCAGGAAAAGAGAAAUGAAAGUAAAGAAAGCAAACACUUGGUACUAUUUUCUGCCACCACUAUUAGACUUAAAGCUGACUACACCAAUGUUGUUUACACCCUUAAAGGAGACAAGAUCUGUUUGUGUGAAUGAUAAGAACAGAUCCUUUUAGGUGUACUUUAAGUCUCACAAAUCUGGAGAGUUGUAGUUUUUGUGGUGCAUUCAGGCACCUUUUCCUGGUCCGAAAAAGUAAACAUAAGAUACUAAAGAUGUGUUCAUUCUUCGCUGCUAGUGUAUUCACGUCAGUUUGUUGUUUACAGUGCUUUAGUAUCAACAUGCAGGUGCUGUGUGUUCCUUAACUGUUGUGGUUUCACGCUGGGUUAUGUGCGCUGCCAGGAUUUGAGGAAGUCAUUUGACUCCCCAGACCAGCUGGUCAUGGUGAUCAGAGCUCCACCAGAGACCCAGAUGCAAGUUACAGAACCCUCCAAGGUACAAACUUGGACUGUCAUUGAGCUUUUCACACAUUUCCUCUCGCAGUUGUGACAUUUUAAAGAGACCGUGUCUGCUUUUUUCCUCUCAGGGUUACCAGGUGUCACUGAAGAGCACACGUGGCCCGAUUGACGUUUUCCUCUGUCCAGAAGACAACUCUGGUGUCUGCAGCCCCGUAACUGGAAGUAGUCCAUCCAAACCCACCACUGACCCGUCCCUGGUCCAGCCUCCUGCAACACCCACAGACCAAUCAGAACCUAAAACAGCCAUCCUGGAUGUGGGUUUCUCAUCGCCAGCAUCCACGUCAUCCACAGUGACAGCAGCGUCUCAGCAGGACCCUGCAGCGCUGUCGUUAGGUGGAGACGCAGGUGAGUCCUCACAUGUCUGUAAAUAGAUUUAUAGAUCUCUUCAAGGUCUUUUACAGAGUGCAGACUUGGACAUAUUGGACCUCUAACAACGGAAAACCGGCUUGUCUGUUUUUCACAACUCACCUGAUAUUGUCCUGACGCCGUAGUGCCGCUAAUUUACAUCUGAUGUGCUCACAUAUCUAAUUUCUGUUUAUAAAAUUGUCACUGAUUGUUGAUUUUGAUCUUCUCUGUAAUAGAAUCCCUUCUCGGAGGUGACCCUUUCACCCUCGGAGACAUCCCAGAUUUUGACUUUUCCCCUCUCUCCUCCGCGGACUUCCUGAACGGAGAGGGCUUUUCGCUCCCAUUGGAUGGUUUUAUCAACCUGUCCCCCCUUCCCAGUCAUGAUUACCACUUUGGACUAGAGGACAAUGAAGGCAUCAGUGAACUCUUUGACUGUGACUUCGGGGACCUUUCACAAGUUCUCGGAGACAGUUAGGUGGAAAAGAAGAGGAGGACGGUGAGCAUGCGGGCUUCUACUUUCAGGACACUUUUUCCUGAAUGGGGAGGGGUUUCUAAAAGAGGGGAGCGAUUUCUGGACAAGUCUUUUGUCAAAACUCAGACUUAAUUAUGGGUUGUGGGAGAAUGUUAUUGUACUUAAUAAACCCUAAAAUACAACAUUUGAACAAGCCCCCAAAUUGUACAGCACAUUAUCGGCACUUCCUUUGGCCAUUGAACCAUUUUAGACCAAGAAUUUAGCUCUAGUAUAGCUAUUUAAAUUAUUUAUAUGAAUGUUAUUUGAUAUUUUGUACCAAGUGAGGUUUUUGUUAUUUGUUAAUGAGGUUUUAUCUAAGCAGAUAGCGCAGGUGUGUGCAUUCAGGUAUGUAUCUUUUGAGUAAGAGUGUGUGCAUGUGUGAUUUACGGAUUCUUAGGGCUGGUUCUCCUUAACACUGAUUAGCCUUCACAGUACUUUUCAUGCCGCAGGUUUCAUAGACAGCAGAGUUAGUUCUGGGACGAGGAAAAUGUGCAUCCCACAGAAGCUGCUCCUAUGAGAAACCAGCGAUAAAGGAAGUGUGGCUUCAAAGCCAGGCUGUCCAAAAGCAUCUCACUUUACAUUCCCUGUCACGUUCUACAACCACAGAAGCCGUCAUUAGCACAUGGGUAAAUGCUUCCCCCUCGAUAAUCAGAUUUGACUGACUGCAAAUAUUCCGACAAGGGCUGUGUCAGCAAAGUCUUGGACCAGUGAUUCAUGAUAGCACCAGAUUCGUUCGUGUCUUAAUCCUCCUGAAACUGAUAUUUUAAUAGGGAAGCUAAAUUUGGCUGGUGUAAAACAGGACUUGGAAAGUACAGGAAAUGUUGUCAUCUCCUCAGAGUGUCUUUAAUUUCAACCAAACCCCCAGUGAGGCCAUUUUUUGGGUUCCCAUUAAAGCUACGUGUCUGUCAUAGGUCCCAUUUCCCCAAACCUGAGCAGUGUUUUGUUUGCAGCUUUAACUUAUAAACCAUUGGGAAGUUAAUGAUUUUAUGAAUAAUGCAUGACUAGUAACAUUUAAGAAGAUUUAAGAGGUGCAGAGGACUUUAUGAAACAUGACUGAAAAUUUCUAGAUAGUAGUUUCGAAUGCCCCCGUGAAGACUGGAAGGUUUCCUCUUACUAAAUACUAGUAAUGCUUAUUUAAUAAUUCUGUAGAAACAGCCUCCGGGAUGGGGAUUCGUCUUUAAUGUGGAUAUAAAAGGAUCAUAAUAGACGUAACAAAAUAUUCACGUGUUAUGACACAAAGCAAACUAUAAGUACCUCUACUCCUUUAAGAGUAAUUAGGAUGGAAUUUCCUUAGCAAAAAAAAAAAUCAAGAUAAUUAGCAUGCACAGGAUGGAACAAGCCAAGAAAUAAGAUGCACAUUUAUGUCCACCAGGGGGUGCCAAAAUCAACAAAUCUAUAGCUCUUUGAAAGAGCUUCAACUGGCCAAAAACCAGCCGUAAAAAAACAGACUUUACAUAACUAUAUUCAUUCUGUUGAAAAGUAGGGAUUUUAUUCUCUUGAUUUUAUUUUGAAAGAUUAUCUGCAACAGUUUGGGUUCGUUAUAAAUAAUUCAGGUUUGCAGAACUUUCACUUCUCCGAUUUAGUGGCUAACUUGCAUUUAUUAACCCCCAUCUAAACUCCACUUCCUAACAGCUGUGCUGUUUUCACCAGGCUGUUUAUAAUGUUUCUAAAAAAGGACAUUCAGGGACAAAAGUCCAGCACAGUAAAUAAAACAGGCACCCCGUGUUCUGGAGUACGUGUCACACUGGUCUUGGGAUCAUCUCCCAGUCUGGCCUUCUCUUUCCCUGCACUUUGUCUUUUUUUCAAACUGUCAAUUCAUUUUCAAGACACAAACAAGAAACAGAGAUGCUUUUGGGGAGCCUGAGCCUAAUUUUUCUUCAAAUCAAAGAUAACAGGAUGGGUUAAUUAUUCAUCUGUUAUGUCUGAUGUCACUAAGUGUUUCUAAAGCCAUUGUAAGGACUAAAAAGGACAAAAGCAAAGUACUCACAGCGAGACAAAUAAUGUCGUUUUUGAAGGUUUGAGACAUUUGGUGUCGGAGACCUGGUGAUUUUAGUCUGCAACAGGAAGUAAAAACUAAAACUGAGUGUGUUGUUCUGGGUUAGGUAAGUGUUUAGUCUCAGGUGUUUGGAGCUGAGCAAAGUCUUCAAUCAAUUCUUGAUGCAAACAUAUGAGAGUGUAAGUGUUAUAGAUGCAGUUCACGGGUUGUGUGUAGGGUCAUAAUGACUUUUAACAGGUUUAGAAAAAGAGUGUUGGGUGUUUUUCUUUCAUCUCUUUUAGCGGAGGGUUUCAGGGUGAAGAGCUCCCCAGAUGCCUGUAAAUUCAUGCUCCUUCAACUCUUUGCAGAAGCUCCUGGCAGGUCCUCACUUCCAGUUUCAGUUCAGCUCAGAUGCAUCUUUGCUUUUACUCAUCGAAUCAGUGCAGCAGAGUAAGCUUCAGGCGUACAGAGACAUGUUGUAAUAUGCACUUCAGAUGUUCAUGCCUUAAAUCAACAACCUCUACCAGGUGCAGAGAGGAUACCUGGAAUAUCUUAUCCUGGCGCCACAUUAUCUGCAUCUACAGCCAGCUCUUACUUCCCUUACUACACAUUGUCAUACAAAAUAAGCAGCAAUAACACAUUUUCGCAUCAUGUCUCAGAGUAUGAAAGGAUAAUCUGUUGUGUAAUUGUUGUAAAUAUUGUUCUUGGAAAUGUCUGUUCAAAUCUCCCUUUUAUUUUUCCCUCAUUUUAAGUUAUGUAAGCUAACCUGAUUCCUGAAGUUUUCAAAGUGUGUGUGGGUGCAUGCGAGUGGAGGAUAGUUUGUUUAGUUCAAUUCUAUAUUUAUUUUUAAGAAAAGGGUCUUAAUGGAGAAAAAAUGGUACAAAAAUUGAUCAUUGAUUUUCUGGAAGAAGCGGAUCAUCGUUCAUUAUGUCAUUUGAUGGUGGAAACAAAUGUCUGUAACGUAGCUCCGCAUAAGUAGCACCUUUUAUCUUUCACUAGGUUUUCUCUCACUGUAGACUAAAUGUAUCCCUGUGUGACUGUUUGUGCGUGUGAAACCUUUGUAUUGGCAAAAACACUCAAGAAAAAAAAAAAAACAACUUCAAGUGUAUUUGUCAAGCUGUCUGAACUUUCUUGUAAUUAUUCUUCAGUGACUGGGUUAACUGCAGCUUCACUGUAACAUCAGUUUGUGUUAACAGCCUCUUGGUGGUGCAGGUGUUAUUGCCAAUCUAAGGUUGCAUGUGCAUUGUAGUUUAAACCCUGGGUGCCUCAAACUGUCAUAAUUGUUAAACAAAAAAAAACAACCUUCAUCUUCUCUUAGAUGCAGUCUUCAUCUUCAGUUCUGUACAAACCUUCAAAUCCAGCCUAAACUCACAUCAGCAUCUGAAGCCUUUUCAACUGACAGCAGUUCAGAUGUGUUGCUCAUGUUUUCACUCAUCUGGCCCUUAUGUUUUUUUUUUUUUCCUGUGGUUAUCUCGGCCUUACGUCUGAUUGACGUUGUUUGCAAAGUGUGAGCAGUUCAUGUUGUUAAAUUCGUGUUGUGGUCUCCUGCUGGACAAAUGCAGUGCCUUUCUGUGGUGAAAUAUGGAUUUUUCAUGAGGAUGUUAUUCAGGCUCUUGUUUGGGGUCAGGUCGCAGUGGAUGAAUGCAAUGUUUUCAGGUGUUUUGUGAUUUUUUUUUUUUUUUUUAAAGGUUUAAGGUAAUAUUUGAGUCAGGGUUGGAAUCAUUUCAAUGACUCUGCAGGGAGUUCCUGAAUUAAUUGAUCAGUUUUAUAAGCUAUUAUUACAAUACUAAAUUUUAAAAAAGGUUGUUUUAUUCCAUAGAAAAAAGUCCUAUAAUGUAUUUGAAUCCCUCUUGAAAGAGAAAAAAAAAUGUUUGCAGAUGAAAUCUCUCACAAAGAUUUUGAAGGUGAAUUGAUUCCAACCCUGUUAAAGAUGAUUUUUCAAAGUGCUUUUAAAGGAGCUUAUCCAGCAAGUUCACAAUCAUUCACAGUUUUUCUGUUAUUGUUUUACAAAAUUUUAUUUUUGUCUCUGCAUUCUGGCAAGAAAAAAAAAGGUUUGUACUUAUGAUCUAUUAAUGGGCCCCAAUAUGCCCUUUUGUAUCAAAUGUCCUUUGACAAAAAUAAAGAACUAUUUUGAUUUGUUAUUGCGUUGCAGUUUCUCUCUUUAAUAACAGUCAAAAUAUAAUAUUCCACAUGACCUUGAUUGUGGUUUUUUCUGGCAUAAAGGUGGUUUGAUUCAGUCAGAGUUUAUCCAGUAAACCAAAAACUAAUAUAAGCAACUCAACUCAAACACAAGCUGCAGGAUCAGCGUCAUACAAACCAUAAAGUCAGACUGCAGAAGAAAUGGAUCCUCCUCUACAGAAGCCGCCAUCUUGCACCACCAAGUUGUGACAAACUGGUAUCAGCUAAAACAUGUUAUUACUUUUGGGGGAGUGGCCUCCCGAAAUGCACCGGUUUGAAGUUAAAGAGAGCAGUGGUUGUUGUACUUAUGUUAAAAGUCUUCACACUUGAAGGAUCAGACUUAUCAAUGAUUGCAGAAGCUUUUAAUAAAUACAUCAACUAUCUCCCAACUAUAAAUGGCGCCUUCUGUAUUGAUCUCUCUUCAAUCUUUAUCAGAAGUCUUUCUUUUUUGUUUGAAAAUAAUAUCAUUUGAAAUAUCGAUUCAGUUCAAACUGGUUUAUUUUUUUCUUCUGAAAAUGUUAAUUAGCAUGUUUCCAUUCUUAGCAUAACAUCAAUGACACCUACAACAUUAUUCAACCGUUUGAGACCAAAGUUACACCCGCACACUUUCUUUCUACAUAUACAGUUGUGUUCAAAAUAAUAGCAGCCCCACAUCACUAGCAAGAUAAAUCAUUGUUUUGUUAGAAUUUCAACUUGUAUGCUGCAAGCAAGUUUCUAGAAGGUUCAGUAAAGGUAUAGAAAACCAUUUACAUUUCUGAAUCAUUUACUGAAAGGGGCGUGUUCAAAAAUAGCAGUGCUGAGUUCAAUUAGUGAGGUCAUUGGCGUAAAAAAAAGAAAAAACAACUAUUUGAAUGGAUCUGAGAAACCAAAAUGGCAAAGGGUCGGUCAAUGAUCAGCUCCAGGAGGAUUAAAGAUCUAAGACUGCCUGUGAGUACUGUAACAAUCAGACGGUGUCUAUGUGAAGCCAAGCUACCAGCAAGAAGCCCCAGCAAAGUCCCAUUGUUAAAAAAAAAAAAAACGUGCGGAAGCGGUUGCAAUUUGCCAAAGAACGCAUUGACUGGCCUAAAAAGAAAUGGCGUAAUAUUUUGUGGACUGAUGAGAGUAAGAUUGUUGUUUUGGGGCCAAGGGCCACAGACAGUUUGACAGACGUCCUGCACACACUGAAUUCAAGCCACAGUACACAGUGAAGAUGGUGAAGCAUGGUAGUGUAAGCAUCAUGAUAUGGGGAUGUUUCUUGUACUGUGGUGUUGGUCCUAUUUAUCACAUACCAGGGAUCAUGGAUCAGUUUGAGUACAUCAGAAUACUGGAAAAAUUCAUGUUGCUGUAUGCUGAAGAGGAAAUGCCCUUUAAAUUGGUGUUUCAACAAGACAAUGACCCCAAAUACACCAGCAAGAGAGCAAAAUCAUGGUUCCAGACAAACAGAAUUCAAGUAAUGGAGUGGCCGGCACAAUCCCUAGACCUUAAUUCCAUAGAAAACUUAUGGGCUGACAUAAAAAAUGUUUUUUCUACACUGGGUUUCUUUCUUUUGUUUUCCUCUUUUUCAUUUUAUAGUGAUGAUCGUAUCGUUACAUGAACUGAAUUAAAUCACUGAGUCUUUUCACCUUCUAUUGGCAAAGCCAGUGAGUCUUUUCAGAUCGAUGUACUUACAAAGGUUCACAUUCUCAGUGACAGCAGUGCUCCAUUCACUCCCAACAAAGUGCCUCAGCUCUCCUGGUCUGAAGA